UGUUGACCCCGGCUUAUCUGCGGACGAACGGUCGACAAAAACCUACUUUACAUAUCGGUGUAGCACAAAGUUACUGUUGAAUUACGGCACUAGCGUGUCAUUGAAAUAGAAAAGACUUUGAUAUUCCACAUUUUCGACAUUAGUUACACAGUUAUGUUUCAGUUUAUUAGGCUGCAUAAAUUAGGAAUGUUGCAGCUUGUGCAGGCCAGCUAGCAUCAACUUUGGCUAAUAACGAUAGCUGGCGUGGCUUGUAUUUUAUGGUAACAAGAACUCUCUUAACACCUCUGAUGAGAAAAAGGAGGUAACAACGAAAAGGUUUGCAUCGGGAUACUGUUAUUGUAAAGAUGAACGGUCAGGGUGAACACACUGCUCCACUGAGGGUGCUGGUUACAGGGGGGUCCGGCUUGGUGGGCAGAGCCAUACAGCAUGUGGUUAGAGAGGAGGGGGGAGCCAAGGAGGGGGAAGAAUGGAUCUUCCUCUCAUCAAAAGAUGCCAACCUCAUGAACAUGGAUGAAACACGAGCAGUGUUUGAAAAACAUCGGCCGACCCACGUCAUUCACCUGGCUGCUAUGGUUGGGGGGCUUUUCAAGAACAUGAAAUACAACCUUGACUUUUGGAGAAACAAUAUCUACAUGAAUGAUAACGUGCUGCAGGCGUCAAAUGAAGUUGGAGCUGUCAAGGUUGUUUCUUGUCUCUCCACCUGCAUCUUUCCUGAUAAGACCACCUACCCUAUAGAUGAGACUAUGAUUCACGAUGGUCCACCUCAUGAUUCGAACUUUGGUUAUGCCUAUGCAAAGAGAAUGAUUGAUGUGGCUAACAGGGCUUAUUUCCAGCAGCACGGGCGCUGCUAUACAGCUGUGAUUCCUACAAAUGUGUUUGGUCCACAUGACAACUUCAGCAUUGAGGACGGUCAUGUGCUGCCAGGCCUCAUACACAAAGCUUACAUCGCCCAAAAGGAGGGGAAGCCCCUGGUGGUCUGGGGAUCCGGCACUCCCAGAAGACAGUUCAUUUACUCUUUGGACCUGGCUCGUCUCUUCCUGUGGGUCCUGAGAGAUUAUCCAGAAGUGGACCCAGUCAUUCUCUCAGUUGGAGAGGAAGAUGAAGUCUCCAUCAAAGAAGCGGCAGAAGCGGUUGUUGAAGCUCUGGACUUCAGAGGAGAAGUGGUUUUUGAUACGAGUAAAGCAGACGGUCAGUUCAAGAAGACGGCGAGCAAUGCAAAGCUGUGCCGCUACCGGCCAGACUUUACCUUCACACCCUUCAAGCAAGCUUUAAAGGAGACCUGUGAUUGGUUUGUCACAAACUAUGACUCAGCACGGAAGUGAAACCGCUGACGGUUGAAAGUCUGUCGAUCCGGGAGCAGUUCUGUUGGUGGAGGAAAGAAGAAGAGAAAGUGAUGGUGCUGCUGAGUGGGACAUGGUUAGAAGAAAAACAUGGAGGUUCAUCUGCACAGGCGCGAUGACUGUUACUGAAUGGAGUCAUGUCUGAACGUCUGAAGUCAGAUCUGCAACACUUACAAUGAUGUUUUAGAAGACUUGUUUCUUUUUAAGGAUUUUAAAGAAUUAUGUAAUUCUAGGCUUUGUAUUUUUCUACCUGUGUGUAGAACUUUCCACUUUCAGUAGUGAGACACGUUUGAAGUUUGAAUUGAAUGCUCUAACCUAUAAAUCAAGUGCUGGCACUAUCUGCUCAUUCAGAACUGUAUCUGUGUAGUGUACUGUUCAAUAUUUCAUUUCUGAAGAACCUUUCAUUUUGGAAAAGUUUGGGACGUUUUGAAUGACCUUGAUUGACUUUAUUUAAAGAAAAUAAAGAUUUAUGGUAUAUUUUGUUAAA